AUGGAUAAGUAAAACAUGUACCUAAAUCGUUUCUUUAUAGAUAAAAAAAAUAAAUCAAAUACAUUUUGGGAAAAAGAUUUUAGAAAGUUGAUUUCAAAUGAAAGUAAUUUUACAUUAAACAAUGAUAAUUGUAUUUGUUUGUAUAAAAAGGGGAAAUAUUUCAAUAAGUUCAUUGCUAGAUACUAUACUAUAUAAGGAACCUAUUUAUUUUAUGGUGAUAAAGUAUAAUCAGAAGAUAUAUUAACUUAUAGGAUUUAAAAGGUUUCAGAAAAUUAGAAAAUGUGUAUAUGUCAACAUCAUUGGGUAUGAAUGUCUACCCAUAUUAAAUUGAACUGAUGCAUAAUCAUAAUUAGAUUGUGUUAUAGACAAAUUCUGAAUUGGAUUUCCUCUAAUUUAAAUAAUAAUUGGAGCAUUUUUGUAUUUUAGUUGGAUUUUAGAAUGAAUAUAUUAUCAUCAAUUAAAUAGGAUUUGGAUCGACAGCCUAAGUAAAUAUGUUAUAAAUUAAAGGUUUUUAUUUCUAAAUUUUUAAGAGAUGGUUUUUACUAUGCAAUAAAAAGAAUCAGAAAAAAUUCUAAAUUGAAUCCUCAAUUUCUAAUGGAGGAAAUUUAGGUAUUGAAUGAUUUAUCUCAUCCGAAUAUAAUUAAAUUACAUAGAAUAUUUGAAACUAAUUGUAUUUUAUAAUAUAUCUCCCUUUUAGAACAUAUAAAUAUGGUAUUACAAUUAGUGGAAGGAGGUGAAUUACUAAAAAGUUAAAGAUAUAACAUUCGUGAUGCAAGAAUAAUUUUCAAAUAGUUAGUGGAAUGUGUAGAUUAUAUGCAUUAGAAAGGUGUAAUGCAUCGAGAUUUAAAACCUUAGAAUAUAUUAUGCAAAACAAAUUCGUUAGAUAUAGUUUUAGCUGAUUUUGGUUUAGCUACAUAUAUAAAAGCUAAAUCUCAUAUUUAUUAUCGAUGUGGUACCACUGGUUAUGUAGCUCCAGAAAUAUUAUAAUAUAAAGAAGGUAAUAAAAUGUAUACAGAGAAAUGUGAUAUCUUUAGUCUUGGAGUCAUUUUAUAUCAAUUGUAAAUUAUAUUAUAAUUUUAUUAUUAGGAUAUAUAACUAACAUCCAUUUAAAGAUUCUUAAAAGGAAAAGAUGCUUAAAAAUAAUCUCUAUGUUGAAUAUAAGUUUGAUGAUGCCAUCAAAAUUCCAUAAUGUUGUAAAGAACUCAUUUCUCUUAUGUUGAAACAGAAUCCAAAAUAAAGACCUAAUGCUGAUGAAAUUCUCAAGCAUGAAUUCUUUUAUGAAUAAUUCUUUGAGCAUCAGAAUUAAACUUUAACUUAUCUAGAACCAUAGUACAAAAAUAAAUAAUAUUUUAAGUUCUGAUUAAAAACGUUCGGGACCCUCUUUAAGUAGUUACAAUGUUGAUAUAAAAUUUUCAACUCUUAAUAAUGGAUUUAAAUUAUUUGAAGAUGAAGUUGAUUAUAAUCAACAUUAGGAUGGUGAUUUAAUUGAAACAUCACCUCUCUGGUCUAAAAGAAUUGAAUUAUAAAGAUGCCAAUCUUAACGUUCUUAAGCUAGCUCUAUUGUUAUUUAGAGACAAUAAUCUUAAGAUUUUAAAACCAAAAAACUUUCUAUAUUUAGAGCAGAAUUAAAAUAAUAAUCUCUUUAAGUUCUUUUACCACAAAUGGAUAAAUCAACUUAAGAAUCAUCAGAUUAUCAUCAAAUACCUUAUAUUUUCUAAACAAAUAUGCUUUUAGUUCAUAAAAAAAAAUAUUAUUGA